AUGGAGUUGAGCAGCGUAGCAAUCGAAGGGCUCAAUCUUUGUGGAGAUUCGUCUCGUGUGGGCGAUCGGAGUUUUCGAAAUCUGGUUCAAAUUACCUUGGAUAUUUUAGUAACGAAAAAGAACGAAGAUGCCCUCAAAAGUAAGUUUAACGAUCAGUUUAAGUAAGUUUUACAAAGUCAGUCACUACCUUGUUUUAUUUUCCUAAUCGUAAAGUUCAGCCCAGAGAUGGUCUUGUGAUCGUGACCGCAAGGCAGGUGAUAGAUUGCCAGCAAGGGGUGGGUUGGGGAUUAUGAAGUUCGGUGUAUUUUAAAGAUAUUAUUCACAGCUGUUGAUAUACCUCGUUUUGAAUUAAUGACUUGUUGAAAAUGGCGUAAAAUCUUCAGAUUUACCAACAAAGUCAAUUUUUCUGUUGGGUUUUUUUUCCUAACUCUGAGAAGCACUCUGUAAGAAAUGAUGUUGAAAUCUCAAAUUCUGAUGAGGGUGGGGAAAUGUUGGUCAGUGCCCCACCUACCCCAUACUGAUUUGCGUUUUGGAAAGAGAAAUCAAAUGCAAAUCCUAAUUUCAAUAAUUACCCUGAAAAGACUGGAACAGUUUGGCAUAUCACAUUGCUCUAACAGAGGGCUAACACUCGAAAUGUCAACUUUGAAACUCUUUAUGGUGGCCAAUUUAUGUUAUCAACUCAAUUGAUAAUACUAAAUUACCCUGUUGUACUCUCCCACCAACACAGCACCACAGUUUCUUUAGAAACUUACCCCCUUUAUUCAUAUCACAAGGUUGUAUUGGUAUCGGUGACUGUUGUAAUGAGGCUUAUCUACCUGUGUGUAUUAUCAACAAGGGAUCUUGUUUUCUUUCUGCAGGUGAUGAAGACAUUUCCACUGUUGAUUCAGCAACUCUUAAGCAAGCAUAUGCUGGCCUAGUGACAAUGAUAUUGGAGGCUAUCAAGAUGGAUUGUGAUUCAUCCUCUAUAAGGUUAACAUGAACUUUUUCAAACAUAAUUACCCAUCAUGUAGUUAGAUGAAAGGCUAUGCAUAGAGAGAAGAGAGUGUUAGCCCUUCAUUAUUGGCUUCGACAAAGUGAUAAUGCUCAAAAUAUCAGCUUCAGAAACUUUUAACAGAGGCCAAUUCUCAAUAUCAACUCAGUUAAUAAAACCAAAUUAUACCCUACUAAGCAAGCACUACAGUUUCCUUUGAAACAUACCCCCUUUAAUGGAGAAGAGGGGUGGAUGGUUAACAAUUUUCAAAUUUUUCUCUCACAAAAAUAAAUGUUAUAAGUAAAUGAGGGAUAAUCUGGCCCGAUUAGGUAGUACUCUGAAGAAUUUUUAAUCUUCGUACUAUGAUUAUCAAUUAUUGUAUUUAUGAUGGGUGAAUGCAUGACUGAAAUUGGAUGAGGAGAUUUAAAAACUCAAUUAAAAGAGUUCUUUUAUUUCUGACAUCAAUAUUUUGUUUAAAAGGUCAAAAUGAUAUUACUUAAAAAGUCACUUGUUUGUGUUGCAGCUCUGCAUUGGAGGACUGCAAAUGGGGCACUGAAAGAAUAGAGUAUUUUACAAAAAACUUUCUGGUAUGUAACAAAAUAGAAACAAUAGAACCAUGAUUCACUUUAACAAUAAUUUAUUAGUGAAGAUUAGAAAUAAAUGAUUUGUACAAGUCUUAAAUCUUUUGGUUAACUGCCUUGUUCCUUGCUGUAGAUAAAAAAAAAAUGCUGAAAAUGAGAAAUUUUGGGCAAGGAUGAUGGGUUUUUUUAGUCUUGGCUUAUUCCUUUUGGACCUUUUAGUGUUUGUUGUUUGUGAGGUUUUUGUUUCUUGCAGCCUUUUCAAAUAGUCCAGUUAGUUGGAUAGUUUGAUGAAAAGUUAAAAUAAAUAUUUAAAAUAAGACUAAAAAACCUGUGAAAUUGGUAGAAAUUAUUCAGGACUCUUUUUCUUACCUGUAAUCUUUCUCUCAAUUUUUAAGGCCCAGCUUUACUUACAAAGGCAUAUCAUUCUUGACUGAAAUUGUAUUUUUUAACAAAAAUCAUUUGUGGUUAAACUCAUCGAAGGUCACUCACAACUUAUAGGUUUACUUAUGUGUGAUCCUGGAUUUUGCCCCUGUUUAAGUUUGUUCAACUAUUAACCUCUAAACUCCCAGAAGUGAUCAACAUGAAACUUCUCCCUAUAACAUCCUUACAUUAUCCAGCAAACAGGGAAUGAGAAUACUAAAACUUAUGAAGUAGAAGUUGUUAACUUGAUCUACCACCAAAUUCUCGUAACUAAUUUACAAGUAAAUGCGUAGCAGAUAGAGGGGAGAAUUAAGGAUCAGAUUUUGGGAGUUUAAGGGUUAAUUUUAUGCACCAACUCAAAUUGCUAAGAAUCUACAUGCAGGCUACUGUUCAAUUUAAGAAGAAACAAUAUAGAAAACCACUUCUUAGAUGCAUAACUGCAGUAGUUGUUCUCUGAAAAAAUUAAAGAACCAUACUAAAAAUUUUUUCAUCAACUGGGAAAAACAGUGAAUGUGAAAAAACAGUGAAUUUUAGGCUCAGUGGUCAAAAACUUUAAAUACAUGUAGCCCUUUACGCCUUAUUAAAAACUGAUAUGCAUAUUCUCCUUACUAUUCUGUAAAUAUUUUUUAUGAUGCUGACAAGGAGAAAUUAUUGAACAAUCAAGAGCUUCUUUAGUUGAUGAUUAUUUCCUCUAUUCUCAUGACAUUUACAUUUGAUUCAGAGGUGAUAUUGUAAGGAGAAACUAGAUGCUAGUCACUCUUGGGUGUUGAAGCAUUUAAACCCUUUAAUCCCCAAAAAUGAUCAACAUCUAACUUCUCCUGUAAUAUCUAUACACUAUUCAACAAACAGGUAAUGAGAAUACUCAAACCUAUCAGAUAGAAUUUGUUACCUUGAUGUAAUAUCAAAUUCUCAUUACAUACAGGGAAAUGUGUAGCAGCUAGAGGGGAGAAUUAACAAUUAGAUCUUGGGAGAUAAAGGGUUAAUAUAUAUGGGUAUAGGUUACCUUACAAAGUACAAUACAGCUUCAUAGCAGUUGAAUCAUAUCAAGUGUACACACAUCUGUUGAUCAUGUUGAGGAGAAAAUUUUCAUCCUGUAACUUACUGUUACUUUUUCUCUUGUCUUUAUUUGAACUUUGUAGGAUUAUAAACCUAAUUUGGAAGCACUGCUUGCCAGGUAAUUAAUUUCCUUUAUUCACUCAUAAUAUCUUGUUUGUAAUUCUCAUUAGUGUCUGCUAUACAGUUCUUAUGAUGUUAGUUUGGAGAAUUUUGUAUUGGAUCAACUAAUAGUCCCCUCAUGGUUAUUUUUUCUUUAUUCUCAUUCCUUGUCUGCUCGAUAUUGUAAGGAGAAAUUCUGUCUUGGUCCCUCAUUGGAAUUAAUGGGUUAAAUAAAUUUCAUGCUACCAAUUAACAAGUGAUCUAAGCCUGGAGCAUAAUUAAGAAUUUGUUCAUGCUUAAUGUGUGAAUAUCGGGUUAUGGAUGCAUGCAGGAAGUUUGGAGAGCAUGAAAAAUGCAUAAGAGUAGCUUGAUGUGCAGCCAAGAGUAACUCUAGCUUUUUGAGUGCUCUCCAAACUUCCCAAGUGCAUCCAUGACUCGAUAUAUGCACAGCUAAAAGAAUGAGCAAAUUCUUUCAUAACAGAGUGACAAAAAGGAUCUGCACAAAUAAGCCUUUUAUUGUGAUAGUGUGUGAAAUUCUCACUGCACAAAAAAAAAAGUAAAGAAAUGUCCCUAUUGGCUGGUCAAAAAUAGGCCGCAUUUUAUACUUUGGUUUGAGUGAGAACAUUUGAUCCAGUUAACUGAUAACUGUGUAUGAAAAGCUUUUGUUCAUAGUGGCUCAUUAUAGGACUUAUAUAGGGCAAGAAUGCGUGCUAUGUUAUAAAAAAAAGAAUUUUCAAUGGAUUGUAGACUUUCAAGUUACUAGAUUCUUGAUGAUUGAUUGUUGGUUGAUUGAGAGGAUUUUCUGCUGUGCUUCUAAUUUUAGAACAGGAGGUUCAUUUCCUCAUGUUGUGGAUGUUGAUUGGAGACUAGAUUAUUACAUUAAGGUAAACUGGUUUGGUUUUAUCACCCACUGAAUAGAAUUUCUAAAGCUGUAGUUCUAAGCAUUAGCCCUUCUUCAUUCCAUCUUUUGAAGGGCUAUUGCUUGAAAUGUCAGCCUUGAAACUUGCUGCAGUGACCACUUUGCAGUCAUUAUCAAUUCAGUUGAUGAAACCAAAUAAUUUCUGUAAUAUCCCCCACUUAUGUAGCACAACAGUUUCUUUAGGAACUUUCCCACUUUGAUUAAAAAGAACUCAGCUCCUCUGGUACAAAAAGUUGAAUAAAUGCAAAGAAGUUCACAAAAAGUUUCAUAGUACAAUUUGGAUGCCCUGUGCUGUGUCACUACGUGGACAACAAACAUCUAAUUUUCCUUGAAAUUAUUUCUUUACUUGUAUUUCUGUCUUUUAUCAGAAUAAUCAGAUGGAGAAAGUAAACAAACCCACAUAUCUCAUCACACUUAAAACUGAGGUACAGUACAAGUACAGUUUGUUGAAUUUCUUCAUUUCAAUUCUAGUUUCUAUGUUCAGUCACUUAAACUUCUACAAUCCCUGGUAGUCAUUAUUUGGUUUCUUUAUGUACCGGUAUGUCAGAUUCUUGCUUUAAUUACCCGCUAUGAUGUCUAAUUCUUGAGAUUUACUGUGAAACUCAGAUAACUCUGAACAAGCUUGUUUGAUUCUUCCAGGUCAGUUGUUUUCUGACCAAUCUCAAUAAACUUUAGAAUAUAUGGACUGACCUCCAAAACAGCUAGUCAUUUGCUCAAGAAUGAAAUAUCAUUUUCAUAUCAAAGGCUUCACUCUUACAUAAAGAAGUGACUUUCGGGCCACAUUGAAAAAUGGCAGAGUGUUAUGUAAGGUUAAAGGUAAAGUCUGUGAUCAAGCCCAGUGCCCACUCAGCUGGAGUGUACCAUGGUUUCUUUAGCAUGAAGUGACUAGAAGUAUCACCACUUCCCCCUUUUGGAUGGGAUACCUCCCAGCAUUUCAUCAAGCUUCUCAGACAAUUUGCCAGUACCCAUUUAUACUAUUGGGUCAAGGAGAGAGGGGUUGUGAAGGAAAGUGAUUUGCCCAAGAACACAACACAAUGACCUGGCCAGGUCUAGAACCCAGACCCCUCAACCCAGAGUCCAGUGCGCUAACCAUUACGUGACCGUGUCUCCCUGGGUUUUACCCCAAAUUUAUUUUGCUAUUGACACAUCAUUGUCAUAAUGGUGUCCUCUUAAAUUAUUAUUUUAUCUCGCAAUCAUUCCUUGAAAUUCCCUUAUAUCAUAAUGAGAAGUUAGCUCAUCUCUUUCUCGUUGCAGGAAGCUGGGAAGACCAAGGGAGAAGAUGUACAAUUUUCGUGCACAAUGGAGCAAUUACAGGUUGACGAAUGUUUAGUUAUUUAAAGUUUUAUAAGCAAACCUUGAAUCCGAUCACUGUAGAAUGUGUGUAGAUGCAUAGAAAUCUCUUCUUCAAAUCAUUUGGUUUUAUUAACUGAGUUGCUAAUGUACAGAGUUUUUAAAGCAAACGUUUGGAGCGUUAACCUUGUAUUAUUCGCUCUGACGAAUGGCUAACACUCGAAACCUCUGCUUCAGAAACUCUUUACGGUGGCCAAUUUACACUAUCAACUCAGUUUAUAAAACCAAAUUGUAUUAUGAUACCCCCCGCCGAUGCAACACCACAGUUUAUUUAAAAAUAUACCCCUUUUCGUCUUUAGAUACCCUUGUAUGUGAUUAUGACUUUUAAAUUUUAUUUUUGUCCUGGUAGGAUCUGGUUGGAAAAUUGAAAGAUGCUUGUAAAAGUGUAGAGAAGGCUGCUAAUAACUGA